AACAUGGAAAAGAAAAAUACAACAUUGUAUUCAGAGUUCAUUCUCAUAGGACUUACACAUCAACCAGAGUGGAAAAUUCCUCUGUUCCUGGUGUUCUUGGUCAUAUAUCUCAUCACCAUGGUGGGGAACCUUGGUUUGAUUGUUCUCAUCUGGAAUGACCCCCACCUUCACAUCCCCAUGUACUUACUCCUUGGGAAUUUAGCCUUUGUAGAUGCUUUGAUGUCAUCCACAGUGAUCCCAAAGAUGCUGGACAACUUCUUAACCACAAACAAGAUCAUCUCUCUCUCUGAAUGCAUGACUCAAUUUUUUUCCUUUGCAAUCGCUGGUACCACAGAAUGUUUUCUCUUGACAGCAAUGGCAUAUGAUCGCUAUGUGGCCAUAUGCAAACCUUUAUUUUAUCCCAUGAUUAUGACCCACAGACUAUGCAUUCGGUUAUUAAUCUUGUCAUUUGUGGGUGCUAUUGUUCAUGCUUCCAUUCAUGAAGGAUUUAUGUUCAGAUUAACCUUCUGUAAUUCCAACAUAAUACAUCACUUUUACUGUGAUGUUAUCCCAUUGCUAAAGAUUUCCUGUGUUGACCCUUCCAUUAAUUUUUUAAUGAUUUUUAUUUUUGCCAGUUCAAUUCAGAUAUUUACUGUUACAACUGUUCUUGUGUCUUAUUCAUUUGUUCUCUUUACCAUCUUAAAAAAGAAGUCUGUGAAAGGCAUAAGGAAAGCCUUCUCCACCUGUGGUGCCCAUCUCUCAUCUGUAUUCUUAUACUACGGCCCUCUUAUCUUUAUGUAUGUACACCCAUCAUCUUCUCAAUCACCAAAGUCAGAUGAUGAAGAUAUGAUGGACUCUCUAUUUUAUGUGGUCAUUAUACCUUUGUUGAACCCAAUUAUCUACAGUCUGAGAAACAAGCAAGUCAUAAAUUCACUGACAAAACUAUUCAAGAGAAAUAUUUCAAUAGCUUAG